UCACCAAACGCUACUUAACUCUGCUCACUCAUAUCACUCUUCUCAACUCAUCUCCAUUCCUCAAGUUUUUUGAACACAAGAUCUAUCACCAAUUAGACCCAUCCAAGCUCGCCAUUGCCUUCAAGCCCAUGGGCGAGGACGCGGAGCUGCAGUCCCCCCUCUCUUUCACAGCCACCUCUUCAUCCGGCGGGGGUAUUUUUAGUGAGCUUUCGUCUGCCACCGAACAUUUCACUAUGUCCCCUACGCCCCGGUUCGUAGUGACCGAGGCUCUAUCUAAGGUCUACUACAAGGGCUUGCCCUCCAAUCCACCCCUCAUCGCUACAACCAAUCCCAGCCCCUUCGAGGAUCUAACUGGCCCCGAGGCCUACUCUGUCGUCAAAGAGCUUAGGGAGCUGGGUGAUCACCCCCUUGCUAGUGCUUGGGACCACGGUUUGGCCGACCGCCUUCGCAGUAGCCUGAACACAAUGACAGUCCUCCGGCCCAGCCAUCGUCUGGAUUGGCGUCAAGUUCGGGGCGCUCAGCUUCGAGAAGGGCAAGGACGUCGCCUUCCAUUGCCAGGCGUUCAUCAACUGCUACGGUCUCCGCGACUACCACGUCGAAAUCAGGGAGUCUCGUGUUAUGAGACAAGGGGGCAAUAGGUUCUUUGAUCCUGUCGCCUUCUCCGACCCUACUUUCACUGCUCGCGACCCAUACACUGCGACACUCUGCAUCCCG